UAUAAACGAGUUGAUCGUAAGGUAAAGCCAGUGCCUGGCAUCUAUCCAGAAGAUGCCAAAGUUAUUCGACAAUUCCCACAAGACCCGCUACUUAACCUCGUAAAGUUACCAACCCAUCCACCGGACUUCACGCCUACUACUCGGAUCACUGAAGAGCGCAUGAAAGGCAUGGAGGUAAACUCAGAUGGCUACAUGUGGCCGGAGGAAGAGAAGCUUAUCAAGCAUGUAUUGGUAACAAAUGAGCGAGCACUCGCUUUCGAAGACCACGAACGGGGAAUUUUCCGUGAUGAUUAUUUCUCUCCUUAUAUAAUACCGGUAGAACCGCACUCUCCGUGGGAGUAUCCAAACAUCCCUAUUCCUCCAGGCCACCGUGAUGAAGUCAUCAGAAUGCUUAAGGAAUUCAUAGCAAAUGGCGUAUACGAACCGAGUCAAGCAUCAUACCGUUCUCGAUGGUUUUGCGUGGCCAAGAAGAAUGGAAAA